CCUCUGGCAUUAUCAAAAUGGAUAAAUUCCAAUAUAAUGAGCAAACUCACGAACUUUUCGUCAAGAGGGAAACCGAGUACCAGCCGUACCCAGGAGGUCUCGGCAAAUAUUACCAUGAUCGUCUCAUUCAAAUUUCCACAGAAGAUGAAACCAGUAUUGCACAGAUUGAUGCUGCAACAGGCACAACACAAACUUUCAAAGAACUUCUGGAUGCAUCAAAAAAACUAGCGCAAUACAUGCGUUCAGUUGGAAUAAAACCAGGAGACAACAUUGCAAUGUGUUCAUACAAUCACAUAAACAGUGAAGUUGUAAUUGUUGCUGCAUUAUUUGUUGGUGCAGUCAUGUCCUCAACUGAUCCAAUGCUAUCACUGGAAGAUUCAAAACAUUUAUUAAACAUGGUCAAACCAAAAUUGCUUUUUGUUUCUGAUGGUUCUGAAGAGCUAAUUGAAGCUUGCGUUGAUGCAAUUGAAUUAAAAGCAAAGAUUAUAUCAGUUUCUUUAAAUUCUCACAAUGAAUAUGAUACUAUCGAAGAGAUAUUGGAAAAAACAACAAUUGAAGAAGAUUUUGAACCGUUUCUCGUUGAUGAUUUGAAUACAGUUUGCUCAAUUCUCUUUAGCAGUGGAACUACAGGACUUCCAAAAGGGAUUUGUUUGACUCACAACUAUAUAUUCUCAUCACUAUCAAUAUAUCCAACAGUCAUACUCAACUGGGUAAUAUUGAAUUAUGCCACCUUCUAUUGGGUUUCAUGCGUAUUUAACUUGCAAAUGUCAAUUCAAAUGGGUUGUGCACGAUUAUUAGUCAGACAAUUUAAAAAGGAGACUCACUGGUCCAUUUGUUCAAAAUAUAAUGUAGCCUACACGUUUUUAUCCAAUACGAUCUUCAUGGAAGCAGCUAAAUAUCUCCCAGAUCUAUCUGAACUACCUAGUUUGAAGCAGGUUGUUGUUGGAGGUGGAUUAGUCCCUGAAAAAUACUUAACCACUUAUUAUGAAAAGUUUCCAAGUAUUUACGUAGGAUAUGUGUACGCUUUGACAGAGAGUGGUCUUGUGGCAAGUUAUCAGGCCGGAGAUAAAUUUGGUUCAAAUGGUAAACCAGUUCCAAACAAUCUAACUAUAAAGAUUGUUGAUCCAAAUACCGAAGAAAAUCUCCCUUUGACUCAAACCGGCGAGAUUCGUGUGAAGCAAGCACACCAAAUGGCAGGUUAUUUCAAGAUGGACUCCAAGGACGCAUGGGACGCACAAGGAUUUCUAAAAACUGGCGAUUUGGGAUACUUAGAUAAUGAUUACAAUCUUUUCAUUGUGGAUCGUAUUAAAGAAAUGUUCAAGUAUCGCAGUUGGCAUAUCGUGCCAGCGAAGAUUGAGAAUGUGCUUAGUUCUCAUCCGGAUGUACUUUACGCUAUCGUCAUUGGCAAACCUACAUAUAACGAGGAUGAAAAUCACGCGAUGGCCAUCGUUUGUCUGCAUGAGAAAGCACAUGCUAGCGCCGCAGAGUUGGAAGCUUUUGUUAAUCAGCGAAUGGAUAAUUUAAAUCAAAUCCGUGCUGGUGUCAAAAUCAUUGACAGGCACGAAAUUGAGUUUACGCCUACAGGGAAAAUUAACCGAAGAUCUUUAAAAAGUAAAUUUAUUUCUUAAGUUUGCUUGUUUGUUGUUAUGAGAUUAUUUAU